AUGCAGGGGGGUGCACAAUUGCCUUUGCCAAACCCAGACAGCACUCCUGCAGUGCCAGUGUCAGGCCACAGCGCAAAUGGAGCAGCACCAGGGCCAGUGGUGCAGGCAAAGGAGAGUCUGCUGGCAGCAGCUGCCAAGGCACGCAAGGAAAAGCCCGCAGAGACGGAGGCAGAGAAGAUGCUCAGAGAGGAGCAAGAAAUCAUGCGCAACAUCACCAGCCGCAAGGCGCUCAAGUCCGUCAUGGAGAACGCUCAGGGCAUAUCAUACACGCGCAACCUCAAAACUGGGUGGAAGCCACCCUUGAAGGUGCGGCAGCUGUCGGAGGACCAGGCCCAGGAUCUGAGGGACCGUUUCCACAUCAUUGUGGAGGGAGAAAACUUGCUGCCGCCCAUCCUGGACUUCAAGGACAUGAAGUUCCCUGCUCCAGUGCUCCGCCAGUUGGCCAGCAAGAACAUCUCUCGGCCCACGCCCAUCCAGAUGCAGGGCUUGCCAGUGAUCUUGGCUGGGCGCGACAUGAUCGGCGUGGCAUUCACUGGCAGUGGGAAGACUCUGGUGUUCGCUCUGCCGCUGCUCAUGCUAUCCCUGCAGGAAGAGGUCCGCAUGCCUCUUGAAGGAGGGGAGGGGCCGGUGGGCAUGAUAGUGUGUCCCUCACGGGAGCUGGCGCGGCAGACGCACGAAGUCAUCCAGGGUUACAUAACCGCCAUGAAGGAGGACGGCCUGCCCGAGCUGCGCUCGCUGCUGGUCAUGGGCGGCAUCGACAUGAGGACGCAGACGGACGCGCUGCGGCGGGGGGUGCAUGUGAUAGUGGCGACGCCGGGGCGGCUGAAGGACCUGCUGCACAAGAAGCGCAUGAACCUGGACGUGUGCAAAUUCCUGUGCCUGGACGAGGCGGACCGCAUGGUGGACAUGGGAUUCGAGGAGGACAUCCGCGAGGUGCUGUCCUACUUCAAGGCGCAGCGCCAGACGCUCAUGUUCUCCGCCACCAUGCCCAUGAAGAUCAAGGCCUUCGCCGAGUCAGCCCUCGUCGAUCCCGUCACCGUCAACGUCGGCCGCGCCGGUGCCGCCAACCUCGACGUCAUCCAGGAGGUGGAAUACGUGAAGCAGGAGGCCAAGCUGGUGUACCUGCUGGAGUGCCUGCAGAAGACGGCGCCGCCUGUGCUGGUGUUUGCCGAGAAGACGGCUGACGUGGACGACAUUCACGAGUACCUGCUGGUCAAGGGUGUCGAGGCAGUCGCAGUGCAUGGCGGCAAGGACCAGGAGGAGCGGGAGGCCGCCAUCGACGAAUUCAAGGCAGGCAAAAAGGACGUGCUGGUUGCAACGGAUGUGGCGAGCAAGGGGCUGGACUUCCCAGACAUCCAGCACGUGAUCAAUUACGACAUGCCGGACGAGAUCGAGAACUACGUGCAUCGCAUCGGGCGCACGGGGCGCUGCGGCAAGACUGGCAUCGCCACAUCCUUCAUCAACAAGAACCAGUCCGAGUCCAUCCUGCUGGACCUCAAGCACCUUCUGCAGGAGGCCAAGCAGCGCAUCCCCCCUGUGCUCACAGUGCUGGAGGAUCCGCUGGAGGAGCUGAGGGAGCUGGAGAAAGCGAGUGGCACUCGAGGCUGCACCUACUGCGGCGGGCUGGGGCACAGGAUUGGAGACUGCCCCAAGCUCAGGUCGCAGAACCGCGAGCAGCAGCGCAACACCAAGGACUACUUCGGCUCUGGCGGCUUCGGCGGGGAGACUUGA